UUCUUUACAUUUCAUUUUUACUAGAAAUAAUGAUCGCGGUGGUCUUGUCGGAGUUGUUGUAAUUUUUUUUUUAAAUCUAAGUGGUGCAGUUUGUGAACUAGUGCAAAUAAUAACAUUUCGUUAAUUGCAUAAAAACAUAACCAUGUUCAGCUGGCUAAAGAAAGAAGGUGAAAAAACUGAAAGUAUCGAAAAUGUCGUGGAGGGGCUCAAAAGAAUUUACAGAACGAAGCUCCUGCCGCUCGAGUUGCACUAUCAGUUCCACGAUUUUCACUCCCCACAGCUGGAAGAACCCGACUUCGACGCGAAGCCGAUGAUACUGCUCGUUGGGCAGUACUCGACCGGCAAAACGACCUUUAUCAAAUACUUGCUGGAGAGAGACUUCCCGGGCAUACGAAUCGGGCCCGAGCCCACCACCGACAGGUUCAUCGCCGUCAUGUUCGACGAGAAAGAGGGCAUGAUUCCUGGAAACGCCCUCGUCGUCGACCCGAAGAAACAGUUUAGGCCGCUUAGUAAAUUCGGAAACGCUUUUCUAAAUAGAUUUCAGUGCUCUACCGUGAAUUCGCCGGUGCUGCGCGGCAUUUCCAUCGUGGACACGCCCGGCAUCCUGUCGGGUGAGAAGCAGCGAGUGGACCGCGGGUACGACUUCACGGGGGUGCUGGAAUGGUUCGCAGAGCGCGUCGAUCGUAUUAUCUUGCUGUUCGACGCCCACAAACUAGAUAUUUCCGACGAGUUCCGAAGAAGUAUCGAAGCGUUGAGAGGCCACGACGACAAAAUACGAAUCGUGCUGAACAAGGCGGACAUGAUCGACCACCAGCAGCUAAUGCGGGUGUACGGCGCGCUCAUGUGGUCGCUGGGCAAGGUGCUGCAGACGCCCGAGGUGGCCCGGGUAUAUAUUGGAUCGUUCUGGGACCAGCCCCUACGCUACGAUGUGAAUAGACGACUAUUUGAGGAUGAGGAACAGGAUUUGUUCAGAGACAUGCAGUCGUUACCUCGAAAUGCCGCAUUACGGAAAUUAAACGAUUUAAUAAAAAGGGCGCGCCUCGCUAAAGUGCAUGCCUACAUAGUUAGUGAAUUGAGGAAAGAAAUGCCGUCCAUGUUCGGCAAAGAUGGUAAAAAGAAGGAGUUGAUAAAAAACUUAGGACAAGUGUAUGACAGGAUUCAGAGGGAGCAGCAGAUUUCUCCUGGGGACUUCCCUGAUAUCAAGAAAAUGCAAGAGACUUUGGCAAACCACGAUUUUACGAAGUUCCACCCUCUUAAGCCUAAGCUUCUGGAAGUGGUGGACCACAUGCUGGCCACGGAUAUUGCACGACUCAUGGAUAUGAUACCGCAGGAGGACGUCAACAUUGUCACGGAGCCACUGAUCAAGGGCGAGGCGGCGCUGGCGGACGCGCUGGAGGGCCUGUUCGCCAAGCGCGGCUUCCUGCAAGGCGGGGCGUUCGAGGGCGUGGAGGACCAAGUGUCGCCCUUCGGCUACGGGCGGGGGGAGGGCGUGGACGCGGGCCACGGGGACCCCGAGUGGAUCUGCAGCAAGGAGAAGCCGCAGUACGACACGGUGUUCCAGUCGCUCAACCCCAUCGAUGGCAAAGUCACUGGAGCCGCCGCCAAGACCGAGAUGGUGAAGUCCAAGCUGCCCAACUCCGUGCUGGGCAAGAUCUGGAAGCUGUCCGACAUCGACAAGGACGGCUUCCUGGACGAGGAGGAGUUCGCGCUGGCCAUGCACCUCAUCCGCGUCAAGAUCGACGGCCACGACCUGCCGCCCGAGCUGCCGCCGCACCUCGUGCCGCCCUCCAAGCGCAACUAGCCGCGCUCACUACACUUGCUCGCUCGCAAUCGAGUAUCUCGCCAUCAGUUUACAAUGGUUCUUAUUCGUGUAUUGUGUUAAUGUUCGGAUAGGGCGUUUGGAAAAUAAAAAUCAGAAGUACGGGAUCUGCGACUCUAAAGCGAGCGAAAUAAGUCUCAUUUUACUUUGACGGUAGUUGGUUAAAAAAGUGAUACAGUAGUUUGAUUUUUUUGCAAAUGUUGACAUCGCCUAGAUAGCGUCGCGGGUUGAGGCGAGGACCCGUCCUUGUGACCGUAAAUCGAUCGUUUCCUCCGCUUCGCCGGACCUCUGUAUGACUUAUUCUUACUCUGUGUUAGUCUUUUUCAUUGAGCACAGGGAUUCAGAGCUUAACUACGCUGCUUAAAGGUCCUAAAACUUAUUAACACCCACUAACUAUCAAAGUUAGUGGGUGUAAAUAGGUUUUUAACAUUAGUUGGUCUAAGCUCUCAUUCUUAGUAUUCCGAGCGAGUAUGUAUUGUAGUGCGACAUUGUAAGACAUUGUAAUUGACGAUGUUCGUCAUAUACACUAUGGUAAGGACAUCAAUUCUAUACAACCAAUUUUUAUUUUUCUGUCCGUCCGGAUUUUUUUCGACGAUUUUUUAUUUCGAAAAGUAUCAAAACUCGUACUAGCGAUAUAAACUCGUUGCGAUAACAUUUGCAAACGCUUGAUUUUGUUUAUUCUGGACUGUAAAUACUUCACUCCGAGAAAAAGGUACCUACUGAAUAAUAAUGCCUGUUUUUUGGGAUUUUUGUUUGGGCUUUGAACGCACACCCUUCACUUUGUAUUGCGACCUGUGGCGGCGGAGGCUGCGAGGUGACAGGACUCUGUCAAAUUAUCCAUUGUUAGUGACACUCAUAGAAAUCUUAUUAAAAAGACAUUAGAAGUUUUGUGUACGCGUCACCUGGUUCGAGAACGAGGCUCAGAGCACUCGAAUGUUAACAAAAAGUUUCGUAUCAGUUAAGACUUUAUUGUGAUUUUUAAACUACAUUGCCUCUUACGCUCUAAAAGUUUACACCGUUAUGAAAACAGAAAUGAAUGACUCACAGCGCAUGCGCGUACGCGUAGUGGCCGCUGGGCGCCGUCUAAAGGACAUUUCUAUUGUCUUUUUAUAAAGAUUACUAUGGUGACACUGCGUUUUAAAGUAUCAUCACGAUCAGCUCUAACCACACGAUGCAGGUCCCAUUUUAUACAAAAAAGAUAUAUAUAUAACGUACAAAGUACGCGUAAAUUUCAGACUUAUAUAAAUGUACAGCUUUCAAAGCUGGACAUUUUAAUGGGUCCAUAAUCGUGUGGUGCAAGCCUUAUUUGUAGAACAAAACAUGGAUAUUAUUCGCUUGCAAUGUAAUAUCAUAAUAACUGUGCAAUAAUACGUGCAUUGCGUAUGAAAACCGAACGGAUCGCGUAGCGUUCGGAAAAGAGAAAUUGUAUUAGAAUCGCUUGAAGCUACUUGUUCUUAUGAAUUGUUCAAUAGUUAUAUUUUAGUAAAUUAAAUCUUAAUUGUUAUUACGUUUCUAAUGUUUAGCUUUACUCAGCGCGGACUGAAGGGAACAAUACACUGAGAUAUUAUCAAAAACGCACUUGAAUAAAAGAGUACACUUUUAUUGUAAACCACAAAAAAUGCAGAAAAUAGAAUAUAAACAAAUCAAUACUAUGCAUACAUUUCUGUAAAUUCCACAAUGCAUUCAAAUACACAGUGAAAUUUACAGAAAUGUAAGACCGAAGAAUAGAAGUGGAAAUAAAGGCUGGUCAAUAAUAGACUCUUCAGGAAGUAUGGUGGAAUCGAUAAAAGCUCCGGCUUAGGGUUUGAAAUGCGUUCUGAAAAUUUCAUUGGUGUUUAUUGAUUUAUUUAUUCUAAAUUAGUGAGUUUGUGGUCUGAAAUAUCUAUUUUUCAUUCCAAAAGAACUCGAAAUGGAAUUCAGUUUUAGUAAACUAGUCGUACUAGGGGUCAAGGUAGUACAGCUUUCUAUCCCAUAUUUGUUUUCGGACGCGAGAUGAUUUCCCUUCAGUCCGGGGCUACAGUUAAUUUAUUGCGGGGGCGACUCGUUGGUGCUUCAGAACUUUGAGCUGGCCACUGAUUCUGUAUGAUUGAGCUAGUCACUAAACGUUAAACCAGCAAUCUUGACGUCACUUCAUACAUCUGUCGAAGUUGACGUCACUCACUGCAUUAAGUGACGAGUGUUUGGACGUCACACAGAAUCAGCGCCGGGUAUUUGAUAAAACAAUACUUAUUACUACUCGUCAUUAUAAUAUAUUCUAUAAGUCCAUUGUCUUUAAAUUAAAUUAUAAUUAUAUUGUCAUUUCAUUCGAUAUGUUUUAGAUAAUUUAUGUUAUGCAUGCUCGUCCGUUGACAUUUAUUUACUUUUAAAUUUUGUAACAAACCAAUAUUUUGUAUGUUGUUCCUAUUAGCGAUGCUUUCGAUAUUCAAGUUUAAUAUUCACUUGUUUAAUCGUAUACGGUACGCUGCAUUUGGUGUGGCCCCUUAAUCGUUGAGACUUCUUAAUUUAACACGUCCUUAACUUUAGAGAUGCCGCAAAUAGCCGUUAGCAAAUCCUUUUGGAGUGAUGAUUCGACAUCAAACACGAUAAUAUAAUUGAUGAAUAAAUCUGACCUGUUUGUGAAAUUGAUGAAUAAAUGUCCGCCGUGCCUCGUCCACAACAUUCGAAUUCGAAAAACGAAUUAUAUUCAUAUUAGCAUCUAACAUUUUACGUAAAACGUUUUGUGUUUUUUUACUUAUGAGGAGUGUCCUCAAAUACUUUGUUUUCCUUCUUUAAUUACAGACCAAUAUAAAUUGACCAUACGAACCUACUGAGAAAAACUAUUAUUCACUAUUCAACAAACAAUGAAUUGUUAUCCAUAAUCAGGGCAUCUUUACUCUUAACUUUAGUUGUGGUGUUAAAUUUGACAGAACUUGUAUAAAGAACAGUUGAACUUGGCGUCAUAAUACAUUCUGCGGGUAGUUACGACACAGAAGUGCUAGUUCAGCUCAAGGUACACUAUUCUCUACGUUAAUCGGACUACAAAUAAUAUAAUAAGUAAUUUAGAAUAAUAAUGUACUUCGAAACAAUUAUUGACGCCUGUUAGCAGCUAGCACGUCAAAAUAUAUCUAGGAACACACUGUGACGUGUUCACUCGAAGUAUACAUGAGGAAAAUGUAAACAGUAAAACAAUUAAAAGAAUUAUAGACCGCCCACUCAUCUAAAAAUCUUCCCAGUACGAACUGCAUUAAGAUCAAAACAGUAGUUCUUUGGGAAAUCUGUAACAGAUGCGCAUAAAAUAGUAACCUUUUGGCAUCACUCGCUGGUGGUUACUUGAGGAAAAAGGCAAUGUUUAGAGCUGCCAAUUUAAAGAUACGAGUACAGCUGAAUUAGCACCGGGGUCCAGUUCCAAAAAUUUAUGUUUUUAAUGCAUUGCUUUGUACUUAGUCGCGUACGUGUCUGUAGACGUGGCAAUUUGUAAAAGCUCCAUUUUGGAUGAUAGUUUAGUUUUCUUAUUUUAUAACAAUUCCGGUACGACGGGACUCGACCCCGCAUCGCUCUGGCUACCACGUUCAAAAUGCCCUUCGUUCUAAAAAUCUGCCAACGAUCUGUCUACUAAAGCUGGGAGAAUUGGCUCAAUCACGUGUUAAGUCAAAUCUAAUCUAAGUUCAAUAACAGUAUCAAACUCCAAAGUUAAUGUUGUUUCUAACUCGUGACUUAGCUGGCAUUGAUUUAGUACCUAGUUCAUUGUCGCAGUGCCUUGUUCAGUGUGAUAAGUUUUUUUGUAAGAUUCGAGCGGAACCUGUGAAGCUUGUUCUCGGAAAUUUAUCUACGACUCUUUUAGUAACCUAGUACGGUACGGUCUUGUGCAAGCUGUCAGAUUUUCCUGCCUUAAUAUUAAACUGAUUUGACAAAUUUUAUAAGUUGUAUGUAAGUUUUUCACUCUUUCAUAAUAUAAGAACUGUCAAUUUGGAAGCCAUAAAUGGUAAGAGUUACAAUUUGCAUGUCAAAGGGAAUAUGUUGUAUGGUUUGAUUUAACGAGGGGGGAGGGAGGGGUUACUUAGGCAUGGUAGGCUCGCUGGAACUCUGUGGGAGGUAUAUUUGUAAAUAUGGAGAUUUGGAUGUGAUUUCAAUGUUUUGGAAUGUAUUUUUAUGGCAUUAUGUUGAGUGGUGACGGCCCGUAGUCCAAUCGGUUACGGAAUAGGACUGGCCAUCGCCGCUGAAUGAAACGCUUAAUGUUUUUACAUUUGCUACUGUGUGUACAUAAAUAAAGAAUAAUAUGUAAAUGUAUUUAUCAAAUUAUACACAGAGUGUAAUAAAUAGUUAAGAAAAUA